AGCUAGAAACUCGGCCAAAUGUUGCGGGCGUGUGUUCUGAUGCUCACUGUGGGGAUUGCGACAGCAUUCGAUUCAUCCGAACUUCGAAUGCUUGAGGAUGAAUAUCCCGGUGAGAAACGAUCAAACUCAUUGAGUCUUCCAAGAGAAGAGCGCUCGUUCGAUGAAAACGCGGGUCCACUAAUUCGCUUCGGCAAACGAGAUCCAGGAGCACCUCUAAUUAGAUUCGGCCGUGCACCCGAUGCUCAGCCAUUAAUUCGCUUUGGUAAGCGAACUCCGGAUGGUGCUCCUCUGAUUCGAUUUGGCAGAAAUCCGAACGCCCAACCGUUGAUUCGCUUCGGUAAACGAUCUGCUGCGCCACUUAUUAGAUUCGGACGUUCCGUUUCUGCACCACUUGUCAGAUUUGGCCGAUCUAUGGACGCAGCGCCACUUCUCAGGUUCGGCCGUUCGCCAGAAGCUUCGCCACUUAUCAGAUUUGGCUAA